AGUCCUUAUACGGUUUCGGAUAAGUACUUAUAUAGGUCUCGCACUCAUAUUAUUUUCAUCACCCACACUUCAAUCUACAUCCUACAUCAAUUACCGCCAUGUAGCGCAGAUAGUAUUACUCUUUCCAUCGCCAUCCUCGUCGCCGUGCACUUCGUACGAGCCCUGUCCUUGUGACUCUGUCUUCGCCCGUCUUCUCUUAGCCAGCUGUGCUGUUCCUAUCCAUUCCUCCAACAGCGGGCACACACAGUUCCACCUUAAUAUGAACCUAUACCAAAAGCCUGGUCCGUGAAAGCGUGGCCCGGGGAGGGGUGGUUUAGCUUACUUUACAAUAUCGACAGUCCCAUCGAUUCAAAGUGACGAUUAUCAUUUUCUUUGAGGGUGCUCUGCGAAGAUCAAUGAUACCACUCAACUGAGACCAUGUCGAACGCACAAAAUAAAUCCCCUGGCAGGCCGGGACUGCCAGACCCAGCUGCCGAGUUCCUAUUGAAAAUAUGGUCAAGCAUGUUCCCUGGCAUGGAUGAUGAGAUGGUUUAUGAUGAAUCCACCAGCGAGUUCAUCAACACCCAAAAGGCCGAGGCUGAGACUGCUCGGAAAGCCACAGAAGAUAAAAGAGCCCGAUUCGUUGAUAUCCUAAACGCCUGGGAUGGGGCGAAUGACAAAUGGCAUAUGGAGAAUACUAAUAAGAAGAAGAGCAGCAGAGACAACCUCAUCGCCAAAGUACGGGCCGACAUAUCUGCCAAGCACAGCUGGGACGAGGUCUUCGCGUCGCUAAGCAAUGCCGAAGAUAGUUAUGAGAACCCUAAGGGUAUUGGGAAAUGGCGGAAAUGGGGUCGGAAAGCGGCGGAGAAGUCAGAAGUCGUCAAGCCUUUGGUGGAUCUUAUACCUGGUGGGGAUUACACGUCGGUGAUCUGUGGUGGUCUCAAAUUUAUCCUCGAGGCAUGCUCCGCAGCGAGAAAGUCUCGGGAAGAUAUCCGCGACCUAAUCAACAGCCUCCCCGAAGAGGUUCAGCUUGCCAGCGAGUAUGCUGAGCUGUAUAGGUUGGAGCCUGCAAUUCAGAUCGAGACAAAUAAAUUGUACGCUGCUGUCCUAUCGGCAAUAGAAGCCACCAUGACACACUUGAUGAAAGAUCACAGACUCGAAUUCCUCAAGCCGCUGUUCCUGCAGAACGCAUACGCCCCCUUAGGUCCAAAAAUCGAAGAAGUGAGAGAAGCCUCGAAACGACUCGAGACUGUUUUGCAGUUCUGCGAUCGGAAGAGAAUGGUGGAUAUGAACCAUGGGGUCGAGGGUAUGCGGCGUGACAUUGCCACAAUCAAGAACCUCUUCUUGAAUAUGUUACGGGCGCAGACCAAGCAUGCGAGUUGGCUGAUGCUGUGGCUUCAAUGGAUACAAGAAAAUGAAAACUGCGAGCAACCUCCCCGUAAAGAAUACAUCUCCUGGCCAGAACUAGUCCGCCUCUUGCUUCCUCGCCUGUCUGACAUAGUUGAAGAUGUCUUGCUUGCAGAUAAGGUCUCUCAAAACGAGGUGGUGGAACAAGUGCUUAGGGCGGGGUUCUCGAUGGAUAGAGACAAGCUUGUCCGUGCAGGCUGGCUCAUGUCUAACAAGAGGAUACACCGCUGGUUCAGAUCGCAACAUUCGCGUGGCCUCCUGGUUAACGGCAAUUCGACCCUCGACCGCAUCACCCCAGUUUCCUUCUUCUGCGCUAUGCUGGUCAAAGGCAUGAUGGCGAUGGGGCCCAUCGUGGUACUCAGCUAUUUCUGCGGACUCAACACUCCGGGAGCGGACGGAGAGGGAGGGGGUAUAUACGGCGGUACGGGCUUAUUAAAGGCCUUGAUAGCACAACUAGUCACACAGUGCAAGCCCGGUAAACUCACCUGCCUUGGGCGAGAGGAGGCCGAGAAGAUCAAGCGAACCGCCCCCGACCCCAGCCUAAGACUUCUACGCAGCGUCUUCCGUAAGCUAAUCGUGGCUGCCGAGAAACCAAUUUUCAUCAUAAUAGACGGCAUCAAUUACUACGAAACCAGCGAGCUCGGCAAAGACACCAGGGGGGCAGUGGGGGAGAUAACACGCCUUCUCGAGAACGAAGGGAAUAGGCCACUGGUCAAGGUGCUCGUCACGAGCGCGAACCGAUCGUUUGAAGUGGAUGUAUGCUUUGACGACAACGAGAAGAUCCGGAUACCCGACGAGGUCUCCGGCGAGAAGAUGGGGUUUGUUGAUAGACAGUUCGACUUGGACUUCGGAGAGGAUAUGUCGCGGCUGCAGCGUGAUGCUCGCCAUCAAGACUGAUGGCAUAGGGGGCAGAGGGGGGUGUUCGAGGACUGCUGUCCGGCAUGCACCGUAGUCGCGUGCUCGUCUCGGUCUUCUUCUCCCGACAACCCGAGGAAGACCUACGCGGCGUUAGUGUAUGUACUAUGACGCUGGUUGGUAUCCAUGGAUGCACCCGUACCUACCUAGGUAUAAUAUAUGCCAAUGCCAAUACUGGAGUAACCAGUCACAGAUAGCUGCCUGCAUCUACCUUAUUCGUAGCAAGAUCAACACCAAGAGGCUACACCGACGACGACGACGACGACGACGCGAUCGAAUGCGAUAGGAGAUCGGGCCAAUGGUGACUCUCGCUGUCUGACUGGAUUCCCG